AUGCCUUAUCAUCUCACUUUUUCAUUAUCUCUCCUACUUGCCUCCUUAUCUUUUUCUCUCUUUUCAAAACUGUUUUAUUGCUUUUCUCUGUCUUAUCUCUCAAUUAGUUGUCUGUUUUGUAACUCUUUUUCUUUCACUCUUUUGCACAACACUCCCUUUCUCUCUCACUUGCUCAUUCCCUUUUCUAUUUCUCACACUUGCUCUCCCCCUCGCUUAUUUCUCUUUUUCUCUCACACUUGUUCUUUCUCUCUCUUGACUCUUGCAAUUGCUCUUCCCCUCUCUUAUUUGUAUCUCCCUUUUGCUUUUUCUCUCUUAUUUGUUUCUCUGACACAUGCUUUUUCUCUCUCUUAUUUCUCUCUCUCAAAUACUCCUUUUCCUCUCCUAUUUGUUUCUUGCAAUUGCUUUUUCUCUCUCUUAUUUAUCUUCCUUUUCCUUCUCUUAUUUGUCUCUCUCAGUUGCUCUUUCCUUCUCUCAUUUGUCUCUCUCACACUUGCUCUUUUUCCUCCCUUAUUUGUCUCCCUCACAUAUGCUCUUUCUAUCUCUCAUUUGUCUGUCUCUGUUGCUCUUUCCUUCUCAUAUUUGUCUCUUUCUGAUGCUCUUUCCCUCUCUCAUUUGUCUCUCUCAUUUGCUUUUUCCAUCUCUCAUUUGUCUCUCUCACACAUGCUUUUUCUAUCUAUCAUUUCUCUCUCACAAUUGGUCCUUUUCCUCUCUUACUUGUUUCUCUCAGUUGCUUUUCCCUCUCUUAUUUCUCUCUCUGUUCCAUCUCUUAUUUGUCUCUCUUUCCCCUUCUUAUUUGUCUCUCCCUUUCCUUCUCUUAUUUCUCCCUCUGAAUUGCUUUUUCCCUCUCACAUUUGUCUCUCACUGUUGCUCUUUCCCACUCUCAUUUGUCUUUUACUGUUGCUCUUUCUCUCUCUUAUUUGUCUCUCUCUCAAUUGCUCUUUUUCCUCUGUUAUUUGUUUCUUUCAAUUUCUUUUUCCCUCUCAUUCUUCUCCCUUUUCUCUCUCUUAUUGUCUCUCCCUUUUCCUCUUAUUUGUCCCUCCCUUUCCUUCUCUUAUUUGUCUCUCUCAAUUGCUCUUUCCCUCUCUCAUUUAUCUCACUCAAUUGACCUUUCCUUCUCUUGUCUCUCUCACAUGCGUGCUUUCUCUCUUUCAUUUGUCUGUCUCUGUUGCUCUUUCCUUCUCUUAUUUAUCUCUCUCAAUUUUUCCUCUCUUAUUCGUUUCUAUCAAUUUCUUUUUCCCUCUCUUAUCUAUCUCCCUUUUCCCUCUCUUAUUUGUCUAUCCCUUUUUCUCUCUUAUUUGUCUCUCCCUUUACCUCUCUUAA